UCCAGACCGCGGCACAUAAUGAUAUACGUGGACAGAUGACUAUGAGCAUCGACCAGAAGUUGAUGUACGCCUUCAGAGGGUGGAUAGCUUUUGUGGCCUUCAUGGACCUCGGCGUCGCCUUCCGCUCCUUCAUCGAGAAACGCUGCUUCCUCGGCGAGUACGCAGAUGACAAGUCCGACCAACUGAUAGAGCAGAGUGAUACCACUUUGCCUAGAAGUGUCCUAGGAAUGUACUCUAUACUGAGCGUCAUAAAACUGUAGAUUAAUGACUUCUGCUGACUGAAAGUGUGUUCAGAGGUCCAUUCCCAUUCUGCCUCGUGCCCUAGGAAUGUACUCUAUGCUGAAGGUGAUCCCACUCUGCCUCGUGUCCUAGGAAUGUACUCUAUACUGAAAGCAAUAGCACUUAUCCAUUGUACAGUUUUCAUUCACUAUAGGCCCAUUAUAAGCAUGGGGAUCUGCUCAUUGUUGCUGACCAUUAUAAUGUACUUGAUGGAAGCCCUGUACUACCAGUCGGCUACGUUGAACUUCUACAUCAUCUUCCCUUGCGCUCUCAACAGUCUGACUCUCAUAGGGUUAGCUAUCUUACCACGAAGACUAUUGGAGGCCCCGUCUCUUGUAGAGGAUGAAAAUGCAGAACUUCUAAAGCAGGCGACAGCGUUCAAAAGAAGAAAAAGGGCCAAAAAAAGUGAACUGAUAUUUACAAACAUUUGUAGCAAUAACUCCUGCAAUUUUGUAGGCUUUAUUUGAUUCUUGCCUUUUGUAUAUAUUGUGUUAAGAAUAGUUAU